AUGUCGGAGACAGUCGACACUGCGUCGGUGAGUGAUGACACUGCCAUAGUCUGCCUCGAAGUUCCUCAGCUGAGGGAUAGCACGCGUGAGCAGGCUGCGGACGCUGAGCCGCAGUCCUGCAGCUCAUCUCAGGCUGGGAGUACACUAGACCUUAUGCAACAGCCCUGCCGAGACACCCCAUUCUGCGGCCGCCUGAUAACCACCAGUCUGAACGAAAGCCCAGACUAUGUUGCCCUAUCCUACGUCUGGGGAAAAGGGUCCUCCUCCGAUCCGAUACUUCAUUUGGACGGACAUCCGCUGCAGAUCAGAGCGUGUCUUUGGCAAGCCUUAGAAGAAUUGACGACUCAUGUCAACCCCAUCAGACUUUGGGUGGACCAGAUCUGUAUCGAUCAGAACAACGAGAAGGAAAAGGAGCAACAAGUCCAGUUGAUGUCCAGGAUAUACGCACAAGCUCAGCGAGUCAUAGGCUGGCUAGGAAGUCAUGCAGACGAUAGCCACCUUGCAUUUGACUUGCUUGUUAUGCUAGGGCAAACCCAACAUAACUCUGAAUGGUGGCGCGCUGCCCAUGCUGUUAUGAAAGAUGGGGGGUUGAAAAAUAUAUUCAACCCAACUCUUGGACCGAGGCGAGCAACCGCCUCGCUAGUCCGAAGGCCAUGGUUCUACAGGCUCUGGAUCGUACAAGAGGCCGCUCUUGCCUCUACUCUUGAACUUCGCUGCGGUAGUUCUUUAAUCUCGGGCGACGUUUUCUUCAACGCUAUUCGAAUUUUGUGUUCUGCUGUUUCCGACCUACCAAUGCCCUGGCUACAGAAACCUUACCGCAAUGCAUACAAACUUGGACAGCUAAGAGCACAAGUACGUAAGGGGCAGAACCACUCCUUUCCCCACCUGGCCUAUACACUUAGCGGAUGGCUUUGUGAAAAGGACCACGAUCGACUAAUUGCCCUCUUUGGACUGGUUUUCCGGAACAACCAAGGGUGGUUCACGCCUAGCUACAGCAUGUCGGGCCCUGAACUCUACCUUAAAUUUGCGCAGGCACACAUACGUCUCAAAGAGAGCUUAGACAUCCUGCAUUUUGCUGGCUGUGGAAAUAGUGAUGCACAUACGGUCUCUGAAAAUGAUGGUCGGGUGGUACUGAAACUAAAUCCCCCUUCUGACGAUAUUCCAUCUUGGGUGCCGGACUGGCGAGUGCAGUCAAGACCACUGACGCUUGCAACAAGUUUCGAAAAUGAAUUUCUUGGGUUCUCUGCCACGGUAUCGGAACCAGUUUUCAAUAUCGAUCACGACAAACUUCGUGUGUGCGCCCGGGAAAUGGACAAGAUUAAGGUGUGCGGAUUGCCAUACUGCGAAUCGCUCUGGAGACGUAUAAAGAUGACGGAACAUGCGUUAUUCAACAGCUGGUUCAGCUUGGCGAAAACUGCUUUGUUGAAAGGUGCAGAUGUUGAAUUGAUGUUUGCCUCAACCCUGGUAAUGGACGGGAAAGUGGCGGUGGUGGAGCGUCAAGAAAUCGGCGCCAACUCUCCUGAUGUUCCAAGCUUGUUUAAACAUUGGGCCGCCAGGAAUCCCCACGACUUUGUAGGGCCUUGCAAAAAAGACUGGAAAGAUGGAGUUGACGAUUCAACCCGAUAUGGAUAUAUUGCGGAGGAAGUGUGUCGAGACCGAACGUUUUUCAUUACGGAAGCUGGUCGGCUAGGAUUAGGUUCCGUUCACGUGUCACCCGGUGAUUCUAUCUAUCUCAUCCAUGGGCUCAAAACUCCAUUCGUGCUUCAUCGCAAGUCUGGGAUGGAUAUUCUUCGUGGAGAGUGUUAUGUCUACGGCUUGAUGGACGGAAAAGUACAACACUCGAGUGAAGACUCUGUUCUACACCUAAGAUGA